AUGAAUGCUGACGAGGACUUAUUGGCUGGCCUCUUGGACGACUACGAGACCCUGGAGCCGUCGAUCGAGCUGCAACAUGAAGAACCUACGCCAGAUCUACCACUUCUGGGCAUCCACCAGCUUCUAGUGGAAACGGAGGCCUUGCUCGCCUCUAUCGAAGUCCCUGUCGCCAGUUCUGAAUCUGAAUCUGGGGCUCAGGAGGCCAAGGUGGCCAAGAGGAGACUCAAAUAUGCCAAUAGGAUCAAGAACGAGAGGAAGACGCUGGAAGAAGAAGCGAAAGCGCUGUCAGAGGAACUGCAUCACUUGCAACAUACCAGGAAGAAAGUCAAGUCGCUCUGGGAUAAAAGUUCAGCAAUGCCGCUGUGGAGGGCUAUAGCUACUCGGCAGAUGGAGGGCCGACUAGUCGCUGAAGAGCAGCAACACAAGCUGAAGCAUGCCGUGGAAACUCGAGCAAAGGUGCUGGAGGAGAUCGGGGCGAUGGUCCGAACGAAAUUGGAUCAUGCCGAGCGAGAUGAAAUGACUAUUAUUCCGCAGAAUAAUGAGCUCGACGCCGAUGACUGCGUGCUUUACGAGGAAUUUUUGCAAGAUUUGGACGUGAUUUACGCCGAGACAGACGCAGUUUUCCGAGCCUGUGGAGUUGAAGAAAUGCCCCAAACAUCCUACAGACUGGGGCCAGAUUGGAAGAAAGAUGGCGACCUGGAAUACAUCGACAAGCUGGACCAUGAGGAGACGUGCAGCACGAUGUGGCAGUCCAUGCUCCACGUGAACCGACAGAAGGACAGGCAUCACUACAAUAACGUUGCUGAUUCGGAGAACACAGUUGCAGCCAAGCUACGUAUGCGGCCGAUGCACGAAUCCGGUGAGCGAGUGGACAUGCUCGUUCACUUGGCAAUGCGUCGAUAUAUUGAGGCUGGAAGAAUUGUUAUGGUGUGGCGAGCGCUGUCUCAUGGGGAAGGCGAAUUCGAUGGGAUGCACUCGGACGAAACUGGAUGGUGUCUGGUGCGUCCAAAUGACGAAGAGUUAGACGAAAACUCAUUGAUGCGGACCGUCAUUCAGACCUUCGUGCGCUUCAUUCCUAUGAGCGUUGCAAAUACUGCUGGUCGCGUGGACGGGUUCCAGUUCACCAAGUUCGUCGUGACAUCGGUGGAGAAGGAUGCGGACGAAGUCGCGCGCUUGAUGGAUUCACUUCUUCUCGACGACCCCAAGGACGCAGCAUCAAGCCUAAACACCCGAUAA